AAAUUCGCCGAACUUUUGUCUAUUAAAUCGAAUAAAUUCGAAACAAAUGUUUAACAGCAGUAUUUGGCGCUACGGCACCGUGGAUGUGAAGGGCGACAACGGGCUAGUUCGUCACGGGAUCAUUACUGACCUGAUCGAUCCUCGGCUCUUCAUCGUCAAUUUCGACUAUCCCGAUCAUCACACAGAAGAAGUCUCUUUUUCCCAGCUGCUCUUGUGUCGAGAUGGAUCCCACAACAUUGCCGUCGGGAAUCGUGUACAGACGCUGUAUCGGACUUCCCCGAAUCAGCCAUGGUGCUGGCAUCCUUCCACACUCUUGGCGUACUCGUUCGCUGGCCGUUACGCUAUUGUGGAAAUCGAUUGUGAUUGUGGGGAUAUCGAUGGGGCAGUGCUGCGGGAAGUCGUAGCGGAGGAGUGCGUGCAGGCGCAAGGGGAAUGGUCUGCGUUGCCCUGGACAGAGGACUGUGUGCGCCAUUGGAAGCAUUGCGUCGCGUUGCCACCGCCGAACCCGGAAGUAACGGCACUGGCGAAGAGAAACGAGUUUUGGCAACUUUGGAAUCGUAAGACGCGCACCAUCGGUGUGCAGCUUGAUGAUUGCAGAUUGAUUUAUAUCGCGCCCAUGCAGGAUGGGGCAGCCGUGGAGGAUGCGGAGUGCGCAACCCUCCUUCAACGCUUAUAUGGAGAAAUUGCAUCGCGAAAUUCAAUUCAGAUCGCCAGUUCAGCGUUGACGGAUGCCGACACAUCGCCAGCAGCUUGUAUGAACUCCUAUCUGUCAAGGGAAAUUCUCUGCACAAUCUUUGCAUUCUUGUCCAUUGACGAACAAGUCAAGUUCCGUACGGUAUCCAAAAGCUGGGAUGCCCUUCUCAUGUCGCACCCGGUGUCGUCCCGAAUCGACAUCGAGUUGGCCGAUUACCGUCUGGAAGCGCACAAUUACCGGCUGGCGGUGAUGCUUCACCGGAUGGUCAACAAGUCCACGAAGACACUGUUCAUUACCGGACGGUCGGCAUUACGCCUGCGAAUCGGCUGCCGGAAUCACUGUCUGAUGAACACCAUCGCGGAUGUUCUGCAAGCUAAAAACAUUCGCAUCCCCUUAAUUGUGAUCUCCGAAGUUAGCGGACGCUAUCUGACGUUUCAGGGUGAUUCAUUGUCGUCAUGGUUUCGCCGAACGCACUGGAAGUGCAUUUGUCUGCAGCUAUUGUUAGAGAAGAUUGGAAGUGGGUUCUGGAGAGCUGAACUUUCCAAACAUUUUGAAAGUGACUACGCUGUUUCCUGUGGAUCGAAGUGGAUUAGAGUUGGCUUUGGUCAUGAUUUGGCUGGUGGAAAAUGAUUUCUCUUGAUAGAAAGACCAAAGCCAUGUAAAGUACUCGCAGUAAGGCUGCUUGAACUUGUACAUACAAUGUAGUAAGAGGUUUGCUGUAUA